UGUACCGAAGUUUAAUAUUUACUUUAGUACAUGAUGUUGAAAUUGUAAAUAGUGUAAAUACAAAUAAUUGUAUUAUGGCGAAGAGAAAUGUUGCGUUUAUUAAACCAGAAGAACCUGCAUUUCUGAAGAGGUUAAAAGCAGAAGCAGGCUAUGUUGAAAAAGAUACUGUAGAUACAAAGAAGGAGGCGUUGCCAGCAAUCACCGCAGAGGACGAAGAAGACAAGGACGAAGAACAGCCGGUCGUGGUGGUCGUGAAGCCGGGUGACUUGUCAGCUGAAGAGGUUGCUGAAGUGAAGGCGCAGAUCGAGAAAGAGAAAGAAGACGCACCGGCGGAUCUUUCGGAGCGGAUAGUUUUCAAAGCCCCCGUCAAGGCAGCCAAUGAGGAUGCUGCGGAAACCCCGCAGCAGGUGAGCAGAAGGGCGCACAAGGACAGGAAAGGCAUCAAGAACGUGAAGAUGCUGUCGUUUGACGAGGAGGAGCACGAUGACGGCUGAUGCCGCGCAAGCGCGAAACGCUCUUGCCAUCACUUUGUUUUGGAGAGGUGUUCCGCCUGUCGUCCGUCUGCGUAGUGAAGUUGACGUUCAGGUGUGUGCCUGUGGAUACAGACGAGACAUUACAUUAACUUUUAUCACAAUUAGAAGACAACGCAGUUUGUACAAUACUGUUCUGUGACUUAUGUUGUUUUCUUCCAAGUAAAAUUGGUUUUUUAUUUA